AUGAUUUUCUGGUUCUGGUCAGUUGUGAACGUUUCUGGGCCUCAGUGUGGCCCUCACAAGCUUCAGGGGGUCCCACAUCCCCAUCCAAAACGAGAUCUCGUACGCUCAACCCACGGAGACUGGAGAGCCUCAAGUUCAUGCGCAGAAGAAUGCGGGUCGCAGCGUCAAAUGCACGAAAUGCGAACGCACAAACUACGAAACGCACGAAACCUCGUCUUCAUGGCCAACUAUAUCGUCGCUUUGGCCCAUUUUUGCGAGCUUCACGGCCCCGUGUCCAUCAUAUGCACCCAGCAGACACACGAGAACGUGCACCAGACGUCCUACCUUCUUCCUGGGAACUCCAAAGUACAAACCUGUGCUUCGUGCAAAUUGGUGCUUCCUCAAGAUGCAAUAAACUUGAUUACAAACGACACCAAUGAUGCCAAUGGUGCCCAUACCGUGUGUAUAUCGUCGAAGUAUCCCUCCUCACAAAGAAGGUACACCGCUCUUACAAAAGUGGUGAUGAAAGCGUUGACAGUAGAAACCAGUGCCGACCCUAAACGGCCAAUUUUGUACGGAGACAGUGUGGAUGGCUACUGCAUGAGCCGAGUAUUCAAAGUACGAGACCCCAGUGCCCGCGGAGGCGAGAGAAAGUACAGUUUUAUAGUACUUUGUGACAGCGAGAGCCAUCUUUCACUGAACUGGGAAAUCAUAGCCAUGUAUAUCGGCGAGAUGAUUUCACAUAUACAAGAAAAGGUGGAAGCCCGAAGGUCUAGCGGAGCCACAGAAGAAAUUGAUAACGAAAAAUAUUUACGAAGAUCAAUGGCACGGCCAAAACUGCUUGUGGAACUCACAGGAGACGACCAGAUUUUUGUGAGGUUACAUAUGUGGGCGCGAGAGGUGCUCCGCGAUGUUCAAAUGAAAGAUUGA